AUGGUGCUUCUAGCACACUCAUCUGCGAUUACGCCCAACGAAACGACGACAACGGCCUCGACGAAGCCGAAGAAAUCAGCACACCGUGGGUUUAUUUUUGGCGAUGGCAUUCCCAUUACUGGUGGUUACAGUAGAGGUGGUAACGUUGGCUACAGCAGACAAGGGGGACGCACCAAAAGCAAUCAUGUAGGCUACGGCGGUACACGAGGUGGCAACACCGAUACAAGUUCAUAUCCCAGAAAUAGCGGUAGAGGCAGUGGUUAUAACAGUUACGGUGGCGACAGAGGGUACCCCAGUAAUGGUGGCGGCAGUAGUUACCCUAGACAUGGUGGCGGCAGUGGGUACCCCAGUAAUGGUGGCGGCAGUAGUUACCCUAGACAUGGUGGCGGCAGUGGGUACCCUAGUAAUGGUGGCGGCAGUAGUUACCCUAGACAUGGUGGCGGCAGUGGGUACCCCAGUAAUGGUGGCGGCAGUGGUUAUCCUACACAUAGUAGAGGCGGUGGUUAUCCCAGCCAGGGAGGACAUAGAUAUGGUGGCGGUAGUGGCUACCCCAGUCAAGGAGGAGAUAGAUAUGGUGGAAACAGUGGCUACGGUGGAGGCAGUCGAUAUUCAGGAAAUGACAGGGGACACUCCGGAAAUGGUUACGGGAAUAGUGGAGGUCACUCCGGAAAUGGUGGAGGACAGGGGUACAACACGUAUCCAACUUUCGGAAAGAGGGGAUAUCUCGUGUGUCCCAACCAGACAUUUUUUGAUAACAUUUACAGAUGGAGCGAUCUUGCAAGCGGAUACCCACGGUAA